AUGGCUUGUAAAGAGAUGGAUUUGUAUGAGGACUACCAGUCCCCGUUUGAUUUUGACACAGGCGUGAACAAAAGCUACCUCUACCUCUCUCCUAGCGGGAAUGUUUCUCCACCCGGAUCUCCGACCCUUCAGGAAUGCGGUCUGUUGAGGACGGACACGGUGCCCGAGGAAGCAGAAGAUGCCGCGGCCACCAUCAGUGCCACCGAGACGCUGUCUGAGGAGGAGCAAGAAGAGCUGAGAAGGGAACUCGCCAAGGUAGAAGAAGAAAUCCAGACUCUGUCUCAGGUAUUAGCCGCAAAAGAGAAGCAUCUAGCAGAGAUCAAGCGGAAGCUGGGAAUCAACUCACUGCAGGAACUAAAGCAGAACAUUGCCAAAGGGUGGCAAGACGUGACGGCAACGUCCGCAUACAAGAAGACAUCUGAAACCUUGUCUCAGGCCGGGCAGAAGGCUUCUGCUGCAUUUUCGUCUGUUGGCUCGGUCAUCACCAAAAAGCUGGAAGACGUAAAAAACUCCCCAACCUUCAAAUCCUUUGAAGAGAAAGUUGAAAACUUAAAGUCUAAAGUAGGAGGAACCAAGCCUGCUGGUGGGGAUUUUGGAGAAGUCUUGAAUUCGACUGCAAAUGCUAGUGCCACCUCUGGGGAGCCGGUUCCAGAACAGACACAGGAGGGCCUGUGAGAUUCCUACCUUUGUUCUGCUACCCACUGCCAGAUGCUGCGAGCGAGAUCCAAGCACAUCUUGUCAACAUUCAUCGCCAUGGAUUUCUACCAGAUGUGCUCUUACUUAGCUUUACAUAUUUCUUUGACCAAAUAGUUUGUGGUUUAAACAGAAUGAGAGUACCUUCACCUGUAUUCCUGGAAAGCAUCCUUUAAUGUACAUUCAGGGCCCUUUAGUGAGGAAACGUUUAUGAAGACACUUGUAGUACGUGAGGACACUCACUAGAAUGAUCUAAGACUGAGCAAGCUAUCUUAGUUGCUUUCCUGUUUUACAAAAAUUGUUCUGGAUGCCAGAUUGAUCUUUGUCUUCUAUGACAUUUUCUUUUUUGAACCUCUGUAUAUUUGAUUCCUAACUAAAAUUGUUUUGAUUUUUCUCAAUCUUGGUUAUUAAAAAUUUUGGUAUUGUUUUCUUUAUCUCCAAGGGAAGAACUACUAGCUGUAAAAAAUAUUUUUGGAUAAACACUGUUUUGGUGUAAAUUAUGUAUCUUGGUGUCUGCUGUCACCAGACUAUACAGCUCUACAUACAAUUUGUUCUAGUUUUGUAAGCGACACUAUGUACAGUAAUUCAAACUACUGGUGACUUGAGAGUGAAACCCCCUACUUUCUUGUUUAUCAGCAUUUAUGACAGUAACCAUUUCAAUGUACUGGUUAUUCUACUUACAUCAACUUAUUUUUUAUCACAUUCAAAUUUUAAUUUCAGAGUAAACUGGCAAAAUUCAGUCUGAAUCAAGCAUACUGUAUUAUCAGUAAGUUGAAAUAUGUGUACUGUCAUGGAUGUUCAAUUCAAAAGCCUGAAAGGUUUUUUUUUUUUUUUUUAAGCUCUGGUUAGCUAUAGAGAUGCUAAAAUCGGUGCCAUUAGGGACAACAUUGCUGUGUUCAGGUAAUCUAUUUAGCACCAUUUUAACUAAGCACACAAAGUUCUAUGACUAAUAUAACUUGAAAAUUUUGUAUACUGAGCAGUUGGUUUUAAUUCCUGAGGCUGUAAUGCAUUAAUAAAAAUCAACUCAUCACUUUG